AUGUCAGAAUAUUCGCUGACCAAUAUGAUUGGCGCCAUUGCGCGUCGCAUGCUGCAGGAUCAAGACCGGAAGAAGAAGGAGCAGCAGCAGCAGAAGCAUCAGCAGAAGCAGCAGCUGAAGCAGCAGCAGAAGCAGCAGCAGGAGCAGCAGCAGGAGUCUAGGCCCAAGGAGUCAAUGGAUUCCACAAAACUUAAGCUAAUGCUGGAGGAGAUCAGCAAGGAGCUGGAGGGACGAAAAUUUAACACGCUCAAUUGGCAACUGGCCGAGUGCCAGGGACUGCUCGAACAGUUUCACUCCAGCAAUCGUAAGAUCUACAAGGAUAUAAAGCUCAUUCGCCAGAUUAUCAUUGAGAUGCGUAGACGGAUCGAUGCAUCGAGGCAUCGAACUGAGCCCAGGUACGGGGAGCAAUUGAGGCCGUAUGAUAAUGUGGACUUUUCUUAA